CUCGGAAUCGACUCCCGGGGUUUGGAGGAUUCCGUGGUGUUUUCCAGCAGCAGGAAGGAGGUGGAGGAGGCUGUGAAGGAUCCUACAAGACUUAUUAUAACCCCUGACAGUUCUUUCUCUCUGAGGAAUUCGUUUUAUAAUGCUGAAUUGAUGUCGGGAUUAUUGGACCCAUUGUGUAUGACGCCCAAUGGUGGGUUAGCUUGAAGGACACUACAAAAGGUACUCUGAAAAGGCAAACAAAUUUCUCUUAUAUUGACAAUGUGUUCAACGAACCAUCCAGCUAACUGGGUGACAUUCGAAGACGAAGGCACCCCCCAGUCAUCACCGCAGAAAACCUUGGCAUCUCCUUCAGCGAGUUCUGGAUCAAUACCCCGACCGAAUGGCUUAAAAUUGGUGCUGCCUCCUUUGGGCAGUUCAGCAAGGAGACUCUCCAGUCCACUGGAAUCUCCCCAAAUGCACUUUAGCUUCAACGGGAGCUCAUGCGUUCCCAGCAACACUCCCAUGUGCACUCCAGUAAGGGAAACUCCGAGUAGUCCGUCUCCCUUUAACCACGACUCUCUGAGACCGCCUAACGUCUUUAGGAGUUUCUCCAACACGUCAACGAAUUUGUCUUCUCCUGAUAGACGGUCGUCUUCUGAGGCAUCCACUUUUUUCUCGGCGUUCCAUGAAGAUCCCGGUCAGGAGAGCAAGCACAAGAGAGAUUCUGGAAGUUCUUCGUCAGAUUCCGAGCCUGGUUCGAGCUUGCCCCGGUUCUUUAUCCGAACCAAGGAUGGUUACGAGCCUCCCCGGGACCAACUUCAAAACUCUUACUCGUACAUCUGCCAUAAGCUCGAACGGUUUAAGGCAAAGGAAAACCAAGACCAAGUGAGAGACGAAAGAGAUUUGGAUGUGAGCAAACUCAAGGAUCUUGAUGCAAGAAAAGGCCCUUCUUCCUUUGUUCCACAGGGACUGUUCCUCAGCCAGAGGAGGCACGGUUGGUCAUUAAUGCUGAGGAUCCCAGAGAAAAAGAACCGUAUGUCAUCCCGCCAAUGGGGCCCUAUAUACCUGCAGCUGCUCCCAGGGGCCAUUCUCCAAAUGUAUUAUGAAAAAGGCUUGGAGAAACCCUUCAAAGAGUUCCAACUGAAUUCCAGCUGCUAUCUUUCAGGCCCCAAACUGGAAAGCUAUGGCGAGCCACGCAAAAUCGCGACGCUGAAGAUCGAACACGUGUCGUACGUCGAACGAAAGCGAUACCACCCUAAACCCGAGGUGACUCACGAAGCCGAAGCGGAGCAGCUGUUGAAGUUUGGCACGACGGACUACGGAGACUUGGAGGACUUGCUGGUGUCCCUCGAGGAGGAGCUGAUGAAAUUACCCGGUCCCCUGAAGCAACAGAAGCAUUAUGAGGAACAAGAGUUGUCCUUGCAGAUCGCAGACCAUAUCUGGAUGCGAGUAGAUAAAGACGGAGCCAUCGUGGAACGUGCGGCCAUCACGCGAUUCCACUGCUUGGCCUUCAUCAACGGUGCGGCCGAAUGUUUCUUGGCCCUGAAUGACCUCGGGCUUUUGAGCAAAGAUUCUAAUUACGGCUCUGAAGAGGACGAAGCAUGGAUGGAGAUCGCCGACUAUCGCUUUCACAGGUCUGUGCGGGAGGCUGAAUUCGAAGACACUAGGUUGAUCAAGUUCUCGCCCCCUGACGCCUGCAGAGUGGAACUUGGCCGCUACAGGACCGUAUCGCUUAACUGUGAAGACUUGCCUUUCUCGGUGAAGGCUACGGUCACUGUUCAAGGCGCCUACCUGGAGCUACAAGCCUUUCUAAACAUGCAGUCGUCCUUUUCUUCGUCGCCCGUGGUGCAUUCGGAAACGCUUUGCGAAAAUGUCCUGAUCCAGGUCCCGCUGCCUGGGGAUUGGGUGAAGGUGCCUCGAACCAUCUCGCUGCUCUGGCAGAAAUCCAUCAAGGCCCGUAUGAACAGAAACGCCUGCCUGGGCUCGGUAAAUCUCACCGAUUCUCAUCCCGUCAUGCAGGUGACUGUCGGUACUGUGAAGUACGAGAACGUCUAUGGAGCCAUUGUUUGGAGGAUUGACAAGUUUCCUGCUAAGAACACGGCAGCAGACCAUCCCCACUGCUUCUCCUGUAAGCUGGAGCUGGCGUCGGACCAAGAGAUCCCCACCGACUGGUUCCCAUUCAUCACCGUGGAGUGUGAGGUGGCAGAUACGGUCGCUUCAAAUACGAGGGUAAAGUCUUUGGGAACAGAAAGCGACAUUCAGCCUCAGAAACACAUCAGCUACAGGAGCUUUUAUCGAUGCCAGGUGGAAAUCGAGAAAAAGCUAAUCGAGGCAGAUGCGCAGAAACCAACGAGCUGUGCGACGCAGUGAUCGGAAGCGUUUGAGAGCAAGAAAACACAAAAAAAAGACUUGCAUACCCGCACUAAUGAAUAAUCAGCAUGCACUUAAAGCAGACACGUGAAAUGUUCUUAGUCUUUACUCUGGUCUUAAGAUCAACACACAAUUCAGCAGGAUUAGAAAUAGGAAAGGUGUGGAGUCUUUUUAUGGUUUUUGAGAAAUGGGAAUGUUCCUUUUGUUUAGAUAAAAAGGAAAGGACACACAUUGGACAGUGAAUGAGUGGAAGAAAAUUCUGUGGAGUACCUGUGGAGAUCACAGUGGUGAUGCAUGUAAGUUUAAUGGUUUGGGGUUGUUUUAAAGCAGGGAGGUUUGGAGACUUAUUCCAGUGGGGCGAAAGGAAUCCUGAACCAACCUGGCAACCAUUCCAUACUUCACCAUUACGCCAUGCAAUUCCGAUCAUUGGAACGACUUCACUGUAUGACAAGACGAUGAAGAGUACGAAUCGUUUUAGAGUCUAAGUUGUCUGUCUGUCUGUCUGUGUGUGUCUGUCCGUGGAAUGACCUGCCCAGUCACCGCACCUAAAUCCGAUCGAACUGCUCUAAGAUGAACUGGAUUGUAAAAUAAAUCUCGGCAAAAGCAUUUCAGGGGGAACUUUUGGAGAAACAAACUGCCAAAAGCGUGCAAAGCGGUUCUCCGUGCUAAGAAAUGGAUUUUUCAACGAGAAUAAACCGGAACAGCUGGACAUUUCUAGAUUGGUUUGGUCAGUACCAAAAGGAACACGCAUGUGUCUCUCAAGAACCAUAAAAAAAAACUUUCCAUUUUUCACAGAAAUCUGCAUAUACGUAUUAAAAUCAACCUUUAAACGAAUGAAUACAGCGUGUGAACGUGUGCAGCGUAAUGACCGUACAAAUGCAGCAGCCUACCAUAUUUGCACAUUUAUCUAUUAUACAUUUCAGAAGGAUGCGAUGGAUAUUAAACCCCUCUUAUGACCUACUGCGAGAGCACUGGUAACAUUUGAGAUAAUCGGACAAUGUGGGUUAUGGAUUUAGCAAUAAAUAACAAAUUCGCAUAAAAAUAAAUACUCUACCUCCUAAAGUUUUUAAAACAUUCCCUGAGAUUUUCGUGAAAUAUUUUGUCGCAGUGUUGUAAUAAUCAUUUUAAUACUAUAAUAGCUACGUUACUAACAAUAAAUGUCUCCGUUAUAGCUGGUCUCCUGGACUCCCAUACUCCCAUACAUAAAACACGUUAUACCAUGUUUAAAACCUUGUUUGUUUGUAUUCGCAACUUUUGAAAGUAAUAUAAUUUUAGAAAUGAAUAAAAAAUUAAUUCAGACA